AUGACCCCAGGAAAUAGCACCGAGGUGACUGAAUUCUAUCUUCUGGGAUUUGGUGGACAACAAGAGUCCCAGGCUGUCCUCUUCACUGUAUUUCUUAUCGUCUACAUGACAUCCAUGGCGGGUAAUACAGGGAUGAUCCUGCUCAUCAACACAGAUCCCAGACUGCAAAUACCCAUGUACUUCUUCUUACAACAUCUGGCUUUCGUUGACAUCUGCUACACAUCUGCCAUCACUCCGAAGAUGCUCCAGAACUUCAUGGUGGAAAACAAAUCCAUAUCAUUCAGAGGAUGUGUAAUCCAGUUUUUGGUGUAUGGGAUAUUUGUGACCAGUGACUGCUACCUCCUGGCAACUAUGGCUGUGGAUCGCUAUGUAGCCAUCUGUAAGCCUCUUCGCUAUCCCAUAAUCAUGUCCCGAACACUCUGCAUCCAACUGGUAGCUGGCUCGUAUCUCAUAGGAUCAAUAAACGCCUCUGUACACACAGGAGUUGCAUUUUCCCUGUCCUUCUGUAAGUCCAACAUCAUUAAUCACUUUUUCUGUGAUCUUCCUCCUAUACUCUCGCUUUCCUGUUCAAAUAUUGACAUCAACAUUAAGCUACUUGUUGUCUUGGUGGGAUUUAACUGGACAUUCACUGUGUUGGUCGUGAUCUUCUCCUACAUCUACAUCACGGCCACCAUCUUAAAGAUGUCCUCCGCUGUGGGGAGGAAGAAGACCUUCUCUACCUGUGCCUCCCACCUGACGGCCGUCACCAUUUUCUAUGGAACCCUCUCCUACAUGUACUUACAGCCUCCUUCUGAGCAUUCCCAGGAGAACAUGAAAGUGGCCUCCGUAUUCUAUGGCAUUAUCAUUCCCAUGUUGAACCCUCUGAUCUACAGUUUGAGAAACAAGGAGGUCAAAGAAGCUGUGAAAGCAAUAGGGAAAAGGUUCUUCAUUUUGCAUGCAAAUCGUUAA